AUGGCGACGGCGGCGGCGACGACCGACUCCGCGAAGCGCAAGCACAUCGUGUGGAACGAGCAGAACCUCAGCUACAACGAGGCGAACAAAUCGGUGCGGACCCUCCCCGACGAUCGGUCGCCCCCGGCCGUCGUCGAAGCGAGGCGUCGAUCGACCGAUCGAUCGUCCGCGACCCCACCCCCCUUUGUCGUCCUCACGCCCUCCCCUCCCCUCCCUUCCCCAUCGCAGGCGAAGAUGAAGAUCGACGAGCCGGACACGCCGUGGGCGUCGCCCCCGAGGGAGCUCUUCGAGGACCCCGCGGCGGACGCGGACGCGGACGCCAACGCCAUCAACGCCGACGCCGACGCCAAGCCAGCCGUCGCGUUGGACGACGUCGCCGCGCGCCUCGAAGAGAUCGAGAGCGGCGGGGGGGCGGCGGGUCCGGGGACGUCCCCGGGGACGUCCCCGGGGAAAGGCGCGGGGGACGGCGGCGAGUGGGAGAGCAGCGACGACGAGGACGCGACCGCGGAGAAGAGCCCGAAGCAGCGCCCGAAGCUGUCGUUCCCGGAUCCGCGGGAGGCGCCGGGGGGCGGCGGCGGCGGCGGCGGGGGAGAAUUGGGGGAGGAGGAGGGCGGCGGCGCGUUCGACGACGUGGAUAAGGUUCUCACCGCGCGUCUCUUCGAGGCGCAGAGGAAGGCGCAUCAGUGCACGUUCCGGGGGGUGAUGGCGCAGGGGAGGUCGUUGUUAGAGGAGGAGGAGGACGACGAGUAG